GCGAAAGACUCCAACUCCACCGCCUAAAGAAUGUGUACUACCUCAACCACAGCCCCCUGAUCCAGAUGCAGUCUUUUACAGCUGUGUAGCUCUUAAUGUAAAAGAAAAUUUGACACAUCACUUGGACGGCAAAUUAGAUAGUCAAGAGAUCCUUGACUAUGAUCUCAAUAAAAGCAUCACAGAACAAGAGCCCCAGGUCAAUGUCAGUAUGGAAGAAGCGAAAUCCAUCCAGCCAGAGUCUGCAAAAUCAACAAUAUCCCAACAUAAAGAACGUCGUAGUGCACCAAUAAGCCCAAGGGUACCUUGGGAAAAAUUCAAUUUUCCAAAAAAUUAUGAUGGCCGAUGUGGACUCACUUUUAUGAAGGAUUUAUCUUGUUUAGACAUUGCAACACAAAUAAUAGUUAAACGCAAUCUAGCUAGACAAGAGUCAUCAUCUGGAAAGGAGAACAAUAAGGAGUCUCCUGCCAACAUCCCUGCUGGACUAUCGCUUGUUGAGAACAAUAAGAUGGAGACUGACUGUGCUGAGGCAUUUGGAGAUCCAAACAACAAAAACAAAGAUGGUGAGAGUUCUCUUCAACUGAGUGGAGAAUGGGUUUGGCCUCAUACAUACCUGUGUGCUGCGUGUGGCUACAAGUCUACCAACCUCUGGGACACAGAGGACCACAAGUUUGCCCUUCACCCCAAUGUUUGGGUGCCUCACAUCGAGAUAGUGGCUGAAAAGAGUUCUGAGUGGGAUUGGUUCUACCACCGUCGCUUGCCACCUGGAACAGAAGUUGAAAUGACGACGCCGGCCAUACCAGUUGCACCACCACCGUGCUCCAAGUGCCAGCGACAAUGCGCCACUACGGCAGACCUACACCGUCACAUGCUAGAUUGCGGUGGAGACACCACCUGGAUGGCUACGAUGCUGCCGAUGGCAAGCCCCGGCACUCGUCGCAGGAAAUGGCGACCUUUCGGUAGUCGCCGACGCAGGCAACAGGGUCGUCGAGGACUAAAGCGCAACAUUCCCAAUACUCCCGCAAAACACUCAUGCGGUCGAAUUCGUACGAAGCCUGGCGACAUGGACACAAUACAGAAAAUGAUUGCUAAUCUCCCGGCCAAACGCUCCACACGCCGUGUAAUCGGCGAGGAUGCGGACAUCAAAACAAGAAGCCAAGGGACAUAUAACAGCGUGCCUAUAUCUUCAGUUGCAGUCUACUCGGCACGAGGUGUGAAAUCCUCUAAAGUUGGAAAAAGCUCAAAAAUAAACAAGAAGAAAUUAUUACAAUCAGAAGAUAUAAUGAAAAGCAAAGUAAUGACAAUUAAAAAUGAGCCUUUGGAUGAUAUUACCAUAAAAGAAGAAAACUUUGAAAAUGACUUCCAGCCACUGGAUGACGAAAAUACAAUUCAACAUUCUGAUAUUUUGGCGAGUUUGCAAAUGAUGCCCGUAAUAAGGAAAAAUCCUACUGCUGUAGUUCUGGAAAAAGAGGAUACGCUGGAAGAACAACCCAUAGAAACAUCUAAGAUAAUCGCUGCUAUGAGAGAAGCUAUGUUAGAUACUAAAGACAAAACAGAACAAAAACAGAUUGUAAAGACCAGCGAGAAAAAGAAAAAAAUAUUUAAAACUGAUGAGAAGAUGAAAAAAACUGAAUUUUCUAAUGAUGGAAAGAAAACUGAAGACAACUCUUCAGAUUUGAUAAUUUGCAAUGGCUGUGGGAUGCAGUUUGAUAAUUUAUCUGCUUGUCAUAGGCAUAAGAAGAAAUGUGUCUAUUGGAAAGAGGAUAAAUCAAGUGAUGAAAACAAAACAAACAGAUGCACACAUUGUGGUUCUGUAUUUCCUUACCUUAUGGCAUUAUUGAAGCAUAUCUGUAACAAACUUGAUGUAGCAGAUGAGCCUGCUAUGCCACAGUUAUGUCCAGAGCAACCGGUAGAAGAGGUUCAACACAAUAGUGUAGAGGAUAUACCCAUUCUAUCUCCUGCCGAGUUAUCCAGAGAUGAAGUUAUUGCCAAGAGGCUUUCUCACAUUGAAUCAGUCAUCAAGGAAGUUGGAAGUGCGUCAUUUGAUUUAAGCAUAUACCAUGAGAAAUAUUUCAAGACUGAUAGUUCUGUCAAGGAUACUCCUCAACAACUUCAGGAAGGGGCAGAGGUCUCUACAAAAAGUAAGAACAACAAUGCGUUUGAUGGAACUAAAGAGUAUUAUAAUGAAAAUACCAUACGUUCAUCAAAGUUCAAUGCCAUAGAAGCUUCAGGUAAACUACCAGGAACAAAAAAACUAGUUCUAAACAAAAGUCCUUCAAAAAAUACAAGUAUAACGAAGUCUCAUGAGGAAAAACAAUCCAAUAAAAAUAUAAAAGUAUCUGAUAUCUUCAAGGAAGUAAAGAAACGUCGUAGAAAGAGGCAAAAAGGUAGAGUAAAAUUAGUGCAAAAAGUAUCAGGAGCUAAAACAGGAAUCCGAAAAGGUAUCAAAAUAAAUUCUCUUUCAAACUUGAAGAAAACAAUUGUUAAAAAGAAACGUUCAUCAAACUUUACAAUGCUUAUGAAAGAGUGGGAGAAACUCGAAAAAGAAGGCGCAGUUGGUGUGGGAAAACGUAAAAGGUUAUUAUCUCAUUCUGAUAUAUAUGUUCAGCGUACACGUACUCGCAGAAGUUUGUCUUCAUCUAUCAAUGGGGCUGAUUAUCUAGAGAUAGAGUCUUUAACUACGGACACUUCUAGUAUAAAUGAUUUUAUAGAGUACACACCAAGUAAAAGGUUAAGACAGUCAAAUUCAAUAAAUGAUAUAGUUCAAGAAAUAGGCCAAACAAAAAUGGAGCUUUCAAGUACAGAAAGCAAAAGAAAAGAAACACUUGAAAACAAGUUACUUGGAGAGAACAAACAAUGUUCAGAUGAUGUAAAUGAAGAAAAGUCAUCUUCAUCAAAUGUUGUAGUAACCAAAAAGAAACCAGGAAGACAUAGCGCUAAGAGCAUUUCAGAAGAAACUGAGAAGCACAUAAUAGAAACUAUUGACAGCAUUGUGAAGCGUUCUGGGGAAGACACAAAUGAACCUACAACAGUUAAUGACAGUUUAUAUGGUUCAUUGUCGACAAAGCAAUGUGCUAAAAUUACUUCAAAAGAUGAAUUGGCUAAACAAAAAACAGCAGAACAUAUAGACCAAGCAAUAGAAGAUACUAUUAAUAAAAGUUAUUUGACUAUUCCUGAUGAUAUAAAAUGGGAAAAUGUUGAAGAAGUCAUUUAUAAUGUUAGCAUUGGCAGUGCUGAUGUCUUUAAGGAGGAGAACAAUGAAAAGACAAGCUCUUCCACCAUAUGUCACACUAAACCAGUUGCAAAAGGAAGGAGAGGAAGAAGGCGAAAAGGGAUUUUCAAAACACUGAAAUCAAAAAGUAAAAUUGAAUCUAAAUCCAAUAUAAAUAACGAAUUUGAUAAAGAACAAAUGAAGAAUGUAAAUGAGGAAGGAUCAACUAAACUAGAUGGGGACCAUUGCAGUAGUGACAAAUCAUCAAUAACACCUGAAGCAACUGACAAUCAAACUGUAACUAAUCCAUUAAAAAACUUUUUUUCUUUUCACUCUACCUCAAAGACUAACAGGAAACUCUCAUAUGUGGAAGAAGAUGCCACGAAUACAAACAAACCCAAGGAACUAAAAACCAAACAGCUUUCAAUAGCUGAUUAUAUAAAUAUAUCUCAUGUUGCUAAAAGAUCAAGUGAAUCUCCAAAACAAAUGAGAAGUGAUGUCACAGAAAUUAUUGAAAAUGAAAAAUUACUGUAUAAGAAGAAUUUAACAGCUAAUGAAACUGAUCAAUCUGUAGAAGCAUCAUUAGCAUCAAAAAAUGAAGACGCUUCAACAACAGUUCGUCCAAGUAUUGCUGUAUUGGCAAAUGCUAUUGAAAAAAUGAUAAAGAAAAACUCCAAGCAAACCGAGAUUAAAGACGAAAUGCAUAAAAAUGAUUCUAGUAUAGAGGACAAACCUAACAGUCCUAUCAGUUCUAGUUCAACUGAUGAUUUGGCUCUCAGUGUCAUAAGAGACAAAGUUAUUCAAAAGAAGAGGAAGAAAAAGUUCAAGUUGAAAAAGUUACUAAAAAAUAAAUGCAUUGAUGUUAUUGACCGUAGAAAUAGUAAAAUAAACAAGCCAAGAGUUUUAUAUAAAGAUGAAAGACAGUUAAGGAUUGAAAAACUUAAAAGAAAGAAGAAAGUCAAAGUAGGAGUGUCAAGAAAUCGUUGGGAAGUAUCAGUUAUCGAAAAUAAAACUGAACAAGUUGAAAUUUUGUAUGAUGAAGAAAAAAAUAAAAAUUCCAAUUGUAGCAUAAAGAGUUUUUAUUGUUCAGUGUGUGAGAACAAGUUUGACUCAUCGUAUCUGCUAUAUGAACAUCAGCUGACUCAUGAGCAUAAAUCAAAAUGUGUUGAGGCUGAACGACAAAACUCUUCCUUAGAUGACAGCGAUGCUGUAAAGUACUGCAAGUCUAUCGGAAAUAUAAUAAAUGAUUUAGAAAAACGCAACCCGACCAAAGUAGUACAAGUGAAACAGAAAGCAAACACUGAAGCAAAUGAAACACCUUUGUUGGAACCGACGAGCAGUGGCACGGUUAGGGCUUUGGAGGAGAACAGACCAGUGCUGCCAACACAACCAGUGUGGCAAACGCCAACUCAGGAAUGGUCUUCACGCUCUACUACACCCCUCUGGGAGGGUCACCAGAACUGGGAAGUAGACAGCUUCUCUACUGGCAAUAGUCUGGGCUCCAUCAUGGAUACAGUCAACAAGUUACUGUCAUCAGAUCAAGAGGUGUCUGGAUCAUCUGUGGGCUACAGCUGGGCUGAUCUUCAGUUGGCGAUGGGUGCCAGUGACGAGGAGAUGGCGAUGUUAGAGCAACUCGGAGAACACUCACUUCAGGAAGAGUAUGUGUACGAUAGCUCACGACCCAGUGCGGGGGGGGACUGGUUGCCACCUGAAGACAAUCCUACGUUCACUGAUCUGGACCAUCCGGAGCAGUCAGUAACUGCUACUUUAUCGCAGGAUGUGCGUAAACAGGAGCCCCUCAGUGACUCGGAGGACUCCAAGUCCUGCCGAGGUGUCAGUAGAAGUCCACGCAGGCUACAUUCUGAUUACGAGAGUCGUGAGAUGCUCUGUCCCACGUGCGGUAAACACUUCCUGGGUCUGCCUGCUCUACAAACUCAUGUGGCAUGGUCUCAUUGUGUCCCUGUGCCAAGUGUCCCCGUGGCAAACCUUCCCCGGUUGAAGCGCAGAGCUCUGUUGAGUGGGGAAGAGAUUGACCGACGGUUGGUGUGUUUCGUCUGCAAGGAGAUUGUGUCAUCUGCUUCCUUGUUGGAAGCUCACAUUCAGGCACAGCACACUAAGAAAUCUGACCAACUCGAACCUUCCAAACCAAAUCUCACGGAGUCUGCAGAGAGAUUGAAGAGCAAAAUGUCACUGGCUCUCGGUGGACUGGUAGACAAAGCCCUUAACAAGCUGCUAGGCACCGGCAAGUCUCAGCCCGAGCCCUCCACCAGCCAGGCAGAUCUCAACUCUGGAGCACUGCAGUUGCUUGGGAGACUUUGUGCUGCCAGAAAGAGAGAUGGUAGUGAAAACAUGAAGCUGAGUACUGAUAUAAUUCAGCUGUUGGGGCGUUUAAGAGCUGUGAGCCACAAGGAAGAAUGGAGUAAUCGGGCUUACAACAGAGCUCUAGCCAACGAAGUGAGGCAGAUUCUGAGUCGAGGCAAGACCAUCGGAGUGACAAAAGGAGCACUGCAGGCCAGUGUCAACAACAGCACGUCAGCCUCAGAUAUCAAGCCCACCAACCUCUUAGACCACCUGGCGGUCUGCUCACCUGACGUACAGGAGCGUCCAUACGCCUGUCCUAUAUGUGAUCUCAGAUUUCUGAUCCCAAGCACACGCAACCGUCACAUUGCUAGGGCUCACGGCAAGUAUGGUCGUCGCUAUGAUGAGGAGGUGGAGGAGUCUCAUGGGCACGAUGAAAUAGAUAAUGGAUGGAAAGACUGUGGUGUUGAAGCUAAUGAUGACGAAGCCGGAAUGUUACCCAUGUGUUCAGAUUGUGGUCUAAGUUUCCAGAGUAUUCAGGAAGUAGUUCAGCAUCGAAAAGAGGAUCAUCCCAGGAGAUUUUCUGCUGAUGGUUUCCAGGAGGAUGUUAAACCAUUGUGUAGUGAAAAGCAACUGUUGGAAUCAAGCUGUGAGAAAGUCAAUCAAUCACAAGACACUUCAAAAAACGAUGUUAAUUCAUUACCUGUAAGUGAUAAUGCCAUUGACUCCACUAGUACAAUUAAAAAGAAGAAAGGAAGGCCAGCUAGGUUACCUGAGUCGAAAACCGGAGAGAACAAAAAAUUGUCUGGACUCAAAAACGAAAUUUCAGAAGAACAAGCCAAUUACAAGAAGCAGGGAAGAAAGAAUAAGCAAUUGUGUGAAACCACACAUCCUCAAGAAAACACUUCAGAAGAUGAGGAAGAACAUGACAAUGACAGUCAAGUUGAUUCAGAUUCUCCAAAUGAGACUAGUCAAGAGGAAAGCACAACCACAGAAUCUAACACACCCGAAAUCGACAAGUCAGCAGAUAACCUCAACAAUCAACAGUAUAAUAUUCACAGCUCCGAAGAGAACUUAGCGGACUUGACAAAAAAGGAUAGAAGAAAGGUCAGUAGGAUGGGCAACAUGGCUGAAGAGGCUGUGAGAGUAAAAGCUGAAGCAGCUUUGCGUGAAUUGAAUUUGGCUAGAAAAAGUAAGUCACCUUCUUCUAAUGCUAAAUGGGGUAUAAAUGCUGUGAAAUUUACAAAGCAGGUGUCACCAAGCUCACCCUCAAAUCAUCCUAAUGGCUCUCCUUCAAAGCCCAGGUUCUUAUCUCUUGUUGAUAAAAAAUGGAAAGCAUCAACUACAACAGGUUUAGAUGUACCAAAGCCUGAAUUGCUAGAUGUAAAACCUGACAUUUAUGAUUUUAGAGAUGAGGAUUCGUGUGUAAAUAAGAAACCCUUUCAACAGUUCAAAGAAUCAUCACACCAAUCAAGUAUUGUUGAAAAUUCAGAUAGCAAUAAAUCGAUGCAGUCUCCUAACUCGAAUGUUACUGGAAGUCCCAGGAAAACUUCCAAUACUAGCAAAACUAUUUCAGAUUCUUGAUUUUGGUUUAUUUAUGACCAUUCAUUGUGGCUGUGACGGCUUCGUUCGGUAUUCUUCCUAUCUUACUCGUAAACCAUUGUUUUCUAGUAGGAUUUUCUUUUAGUUUUCUAUUUGCUAGAUAUAUAUAUAUAUAUUCUUUGUUGUUAGAACAUUAUUGUUUUAGAAUUUUAUUAUAACCAGAUCAUAUCAUAGGUUUGUGUAGUUUUAUACAAUUUUUAAUUUUGUGACAAAUACUGCCAAAAUGUGCCUUUGUUUCAUAUCCAUUGCACAUAUACAGAAUUUUGAAUGUUAGUGUUUAAUUUUCUAAAGCAUAAAACAUUUAUAAAACCACAUUUGUUUUAUAGUUAUUUGAACUUUCAUAGUUCUUAUUUACACUUUUCCUAAGUAAUAAAUUGUAAUGCAAUGAAUAUAACAGGUAUAAAAUAUUAUACUUUUUGUUGAUUUUGUUUGAUCAACUUUAGUUUUAGAAUAGUUAAUAUUUUUUGUAACUUGUAUAUUAAUAAAGUAUAGAAAUUCUAUUUGUCAUUUGACAUGAAAGACUGAUGGUGCAGCUCAAACAUGGCUGUUUAGAACCAAUAAUUAAAUUAGUUUAAUUAUAACAAAAAA